ACAAAGAAAGUACCCGGAUGAUCUACCAUGUGAUUCAAAACAGCCGGGAAGUACUCUGUUGUUGUUGAUGUCGAUGAAAGACACUCUAUUUAGUGUUUUUAGGACGUAGAGGAAAAAUGAGGCGUGCUCGAUCUAGGGGAAUGCGUGGAGGCCCUGGUCGAAUGCCACCCUUCAUGCGUGGUCCUCCGGGACAAAAAUUUGUUGUCAGCCAUUCGACUUUUGAUCCUGUUAUGGCUGAGACCUUUUUCCCAAGAGCUUCUCCAGCACCAGAGGAAACAGCCUUUACACAGGCCCUUUUAAAAAGAAAUCAAGAGUUAACUCCUAGUGGACAAGAACAAGCUUCUGUUCAAAAUCUUGUGACAAGGAUCACAACAGUGUUGGAUAAUUUGAUUGUUGCACCUGAUGCAGCUGAGCUGGGUUUAGAGGAGGUGCGUGCAGUUGGUUCACACAAGAAGGGAACAAUGUUGCUUGGUCAUCCUGUGGCUGACUUAGCUGUGAUUCUCAAAAAGUUGCCAACAGAAAGUGAUAUUCUUGCUUUAGCAACAAGAGUACAAAAAUCCUUGAAAGAGGAUGGUUCAUCAGCAGAGUAUCCAAUUCAGUCAAAUGAAGGAGGAUUUAACAUCAGUAGUCCAGAAGGGGCUCUUGUCCGUGUGCUGAUAACAACCCUUCCAAAGAAUCUGCAGGAUGCUGACCCAACAAAGCAUGUGGAUGUAAAACUUCUAGAGGGGGCAUUAGCAACAAUAAGACAUGCUCGCUGGUUUGAAGAAAAUGCUUUCCACACAAGUACACGUCUCUUGGUGAGACUUUUUAAGGAUCUUAGAAAACGAUUCACUGGAUUGCAAGGUCUCACACCAUGGCUUAUAGACUUGCUUGCCCAUCGUGCAGCUAUGAUGAAUUCAUCACGGCAACCUCUUCCAGUCAACGUUGCUUUCAGGCGUGCUUUCCAGCUCCUCUCAGCAGGAUUGUUUUUGCCUGGUUCAUUAGGAAUAAUUGAUCCUUGUGAGUCGGGAAAUGUACGCGCUCACAGUGUUCUUAGCCUCGAGGAACAGGACGCUAUCACAACUUGUGCUCAAACCCUUCUGCGAUGCUUAAACCAUGGGGCUUACCACGAAAUAUUAGGAUUGAGUCAAGAAGGAAUUCCUCAAGUUGCUCUGGAGACUGAGGUGUCCAGUUGGGGAGGAGUGAUCGUCACACCGGGACCGAAGGCGUACGAAAAGCAACAAGACCAAGAAGACGAAGAAGGGGAGAACGAGGGAGAAGAGGACGACGAUGAUUCAUCCGAGUUAUCAGGUCAGGAACAGGCCGAGGAAAAGAUGGAAACAAACCAAGAGAGCUGAAUUGUGACUUUCCUUUUCUUGGACCUAUCGGACCACUCGGUGUAAUGCAGAUUUAGAGUUCUUUUGUAAAUUAUUGUGUUUAUUUCGCGAUGUAUAACAACAACGGAUGUUUAGCAUUAAAAUUGUAGACUUUGUUCUUUA